UGGAAGUAAAGGGUGGUUGCUGGGUGCUGAGGAGCAACUGCCACAACUGACACAUGAGCAGUGCAGGCUGCCACCUCUGAGGCUGCUGGGUGCUGCCUCAAGUGUUGGUGUUAGCCUCAGCAAGAGUGUACAGCGUUUUGGUGGAAGACUAUCAGGAACACGAGUCUGCUUAAGACUCCAUUCUUUUCUCCCAGCUCUGCUUCCAGUGUUCUCCACGUGUUCCCAAGAAGAUCACAAAAUGAAUGAAUCUCUGGGGAUGGUGACCUUUGAGGACGUGACUGUGAACAUCACCUGGGAGGAGUGGCAGGACCUGGACGACGCUCAGAGGACCCUCUACAGGGACGUGAUGCUGGAGACCUACGGGAGCCUGGUGUUCCUGGCAGGGCAUUGUGUUAUGAAGCCUGAGCUGAUGAUCAGAAUGCAGCAAGGAGCAGAGCCGUGGACUGGGGAAGGACCCCCAGAUCGGACCCUGUCAGUAACUACCACAAGAAAUGCGUCAGUGUUGUUCAAGGCGUGCUUAUCUUCCUCUCAUUGUAGGAGCCCAGAUGAGGCCGCACCCCCUUGUGACUCCCCAGGACAUUCAGGGCAAACAUUGGUGUAA